AUGGCGAAAAAUGUUGGGCAUAACGACAAACAUGGAGGACGCUUAUACACCGGCGCAAUUCACGGUUUUCCGCAGCCCAGCGGCGGAAUAGCCUAUGGCGUUUCCACGGGAAUCGCCUUCGACCAGGACGGCGGUGCUGAGUCUAUUAUCGUCGUCCUCGGAGGAAGUCUGUCCCUAGUGGCCCUGGUGUUUGCGUUCAUCACCUACAGUAGCAUCAAACGUUACUCGAGAUAUCUAUGGGAGGGAUUAAUGGACUGGCUUAAUCGCCUUGUCACGACGAUACAAACUACAUUGCUUUCAUGGUAUUGCCGCGGGUCGUUCCGGUGCGUUGCUGACACCUGGUCGGUUAAUCGCUUCGAAGCCGCUUCGUUUCGUAACUUGGGAAGGUGGUGGCGGUGGCUCUCGUUAUCCUCAUCAGGGUGAUUUAGACGACCCGAUUCGGUUUGUCGGUAAAGU